AAUACUAAGUCAUAUCUGAGGUCAACAACAAUUGAAGAUGCAGUCAAUGAAGGAUGCAGCUACCUCCACCAAGGCCGGCAUGGAGAAGGCCGAGGCCACCAUGAAGGAAAAGAUGGACCAAAUGAAGACAAGUGAUCCUACUGAGAAAGAGAUGGCUAGAGAAAGGAAAGAAGUUAGACAAGAAGAUGCAGAGAUGAAGAAACAGGAGGCCCGCCAUCAUAACGCAACAGCUGGUCACGGUGCAGCUGGUGGUGGUUUUGGUACUGGUACUGGUACUGGCUUUACAACGACUGGAUAUAACAGGGGUGACACCGGUGGCUAUGGCGGAGGCGGAAUUCAUGACGUCAACCCUACUGGUGGUGCUGGCUUCACCACAGGCACAGGAGGCCUCAGCCACAACAGAGGUGCUACUGGUGGUGGCUAUGGCGGAGGCGGCAUCCAUGACGUCAACCCUAGUGGUGGUGGUGCUGGGUUCACCCACAACAGAGGUGAGACUGGUGGUGGCUAUGGAGGAGGCGGCGGUGUUUAUGACGGCAGCCGUGGGUACCCCACAGCGGAUACUGGGACUGGGUAUAACUCAGCAAGGCCAGUUGGGUCAGAUGAAAAUAUGGAUAUGGGGUAUGGUGGAGACACUGGGGGUGGGUUGGGUUAUUCAACAACUGGGACAGGGGACCCUAACAAUCCUGGGACAAGAAGGAACACUAGGGGUAACUAGGAUUGAUCCUUAUCAUCGAUCCUACUAAACUAA